AUGGCUAGUUGUGUGCAGCUUUUAGGCGUAUCACCGAGCCCAUAUGUGAACAGGAUUCAAAUGGCUCUUAACUUAAAGUCCAUCGAGUAUGAGUUCAUUCGAGAGAAUCCCCAAGACAAAACUGAGCGCCUUCUUGAAGCCAAUCCUAUUUUAAAGAAAAUCCCAGUUCUUAUCCAUGAUGGCAAACCUAUUUGCGAAUCCCUCAUCAUUGUUCAAUACAUUGAUGAUGCUUGGAAUAAUGGUCCAUCCUUACUCCCUUCCGACCCCCAUGACCGUGCCUUAUCCCGGUUCUGGGCUGCUUAUAUUGAUGAUAAGUGGAUUCCACUAUACAAGGAGCUUAAAGAGGCAUCAACAGAGGAAGCAAGAAAGGACAUCAUAGAGAGAAUAUGUGAAGGUUUGGUCUUGUUGGAUGAGGCUUUUGUCAAGUGUAGCAAAGGGAAACCCUUUUUUGGUGGAGACAAUAUUGGUUAUCUCGAUAUUGCACUAGAAUUGACCAUGGCAAGUUGUGUGCAGCUUUUAGGAGCAUCGCCGAGUCCAUUUGUGAACAGGGUUCAAAUGGCUCUUAAAUUGAAGUCUAUUGAAUAUGAGUUCAUUGAGGAGAAUCCCCAUGUCAAAAGUGAACGCCUUCUUAAAGCCAAUCCUGUUCUGAAGAAAAUUCCAGUUCUUAUCCGUGAUGGCAAAUCUAUUUGUGAGUCCCUUCUCAUUGUUCAAUACAUUGAGGAUGCUUGGAAUAAUGGUCCCUCCUUACUCCCUUCCGACCCGCACGACGCCUACUUAGCCCGGUUUUGGGCUAUCUAUAUUGAUGAGAAGUGGUUUCCACUAUACAAGGAGCUUGGUGCAUCGACAGAGGAGGCAAGAAAGGAAACGUUAAACAAAAUAUUUGAAGGUUCGGUCUUGUUGGAGGAGGCUUUUCUCAAGUCCAGCAAAGGGAAACCUUUUUUUGGUGGAGAUAAUAUUGGUUACCUCGAUAUUGCACUAGGUUGCUACAUGGGAUGGCUUAAAGUGACAGAGGAAAUGACCGGCAUAAAAUUUCUUGAUCAAAGCAAGACCCCGGGCUUGGCAGAAUGGGCGGAGAAAUUUUGUUCACAUGACGCUUUUAAAGAAGUCGUGCCAGAGACUCAGAAGCUAGUGGAAAUUUAUAAAGCGGUCCAAGGCAAGGGGAAACCAGCUUCUGGUUGA